AUGCUGACUUCUACCCAGCUGAUCAUUUUGCUUUUUUGGACGAGCGUUAGCUUCGCUGAUGCAGAGAAACUUUUCCACAGUCGGGAUCAUUCUGACGUGCAAACCCUCAGUUCUCACCAAGCUGAGGUUAUAACAGACACGUAUGGAUUCAUGAAGCCAGUGAACUGGGAGGAAAUCCAGUUUGAAGAGUCAGACGUGAAUUUUAAUGACGACCUCCUGGAUGAACUCCAAGCCACGAUACAGGAGGGGUCCUCGGGGCCUCAGCCGAGGGAUGAUCCUCAGGACGGCGAUGAAGAUAACCACAAGAGACCAACUGAGAGCGAAGCCUUUAUUUUUGCACUGAAGGAGUUCCAGAAGCUGUCGGGCCUGCUUGUCACAGGCCUGUUCGAUGAGACCACAAAGCUGGCCAUGAACAAACCCAGAUGCGGAGUCCCUGACAUGGAGGUUGACCUGAACGCCCCUGAAGCAGCUGAGGACGGCAGCACCUCAGAUAUGGAAAUGAGUCCUGGUGAUGCUUUUAAUGACACAUAUAGUAACAGCACAGAAACUAGUGGAACAAGUGAUGCUUCUUUCGGUUCAGCAAACUCCUCUGAAGACAACGUAUUCAAUAAUAAUGACACAGAAAGUGUCCCCUCUGGCAUUUCCAGUGACACAAGCAUGAAUCACACACAGGAAUCGAACUUAUUCACUGACACCUCUCUGACGAACGGCUCAGAUCAUCUCAUCAUAGACUCUCAAGGGGUGAACAUGAGUGUGAACACAGGUCAGAGUGAAGCAGUGCGACGCAGGAAACGCCACCUCGCCGCUCUCGUGUCCAAACACAGACGCAGGAGAGAUGUGAGCGAGACCGGCUACAUGGCCUUUUCCAAGAAGGUGCUGAGGUGGAGGCUCAUCGGAGAGGGCUACAGCAGCCAGCUGUCCGUGGAGGAGCAGAGGCACAUCUUCAGACUGGCCUUCAGGAUGUGGAGCGAGGUGUCGCCGCUGGAGUUCGUGGAGGACACACGCUCCCCGCUGGAGGAUGUUGACAUCAGGCUGGGCUUUGGAACAGGAAGGCAUCUCGGCUGCAAUCAGAGGUUUGACGGCACAGGUCAAGAAUUUGCCCACGCCUGGUUCCUGGGUGAUAUACACUUUGAUGACGAUGAGCACUUCACUGGUCCCAACGCCGGCAGUGGGAUCAGCCUCCUCAAAGUGGCAGUUCAUGAGAUCGGCCACGUCUUAGGUCUUCCCCACAUAUACAGAACUGGAUCUAUAAUGCAGCCCAGCUAUCUGCCACACGAGUCCGGCUUCGAGAUGGACUGGACGGACAGGAAGGCCAUACAGCACCUCUAUGGCGCCUGUAGAGGUCGGUUCAACACAGUGUUCGAUUGGAUCAGGAAGGAGAAGACGCCCUACGGGGAGGUGGCCAUACGCUUCAACACCUACUUCAUGAGAGAUGGCUGGUACUGGCUGUAUGAGAACAGAACGAACCGGACCCGUUAUGGUGACCCAGUGGCUCUGCAGGCCGGCUGGCGUGGGAUCCCCGUGGACGGCGUAGAUGCUUGUGUGCAUGUAUGGUCCAGAAGAAGAGAUGCUGUUUACUUCUUUAAAGGUACUCGGUUCUGGAGGUACGACAGCGAGAACGACAAGGUGUUCAGACAGGACCCGGAAGGUCAUCGCUAUCCAAGGUUAAUCUCUGAAGGAUUCCCCGGGGUGUCGGGUCCCAUCGACUCAGCCUUUUACGACAGGAGAGACUCCCACAUCUACUUCUUCAAAAACAAGCUGGUGUACGCAUUCGGCGUGGAAGCCAACAGCUUGGCACAUGGCUUCCCCAGGAACAUCAGAGAAGUUUUCCCUGCAGUGGUGAGCGGCGACCAUCCAGAUGGCAACAUCGACGCUGCCUACUUCUCCUAUACCCACAAUGCCGUGUUCCUGCUGAAGGGCUCGCAGUUCUGGCAGGUGGUGGGCAGCCGCCAUCGCUGGCGCCGGCCCUCUCUGCCCCGGAACGGCCUGCUGCCACACAAGGAGGUGGAUCGCCACUGGUUCGACAUCUGCAACGUUCACCCCACUGCACUAAAGCUAACCCGCUGA